UCCAGACGGUCGCCAGUUAAGCAAGCACCGGUUAUAUCAUGUCGAGGCACCUUCGCUUCAUCGCGCGGACAGUUAUGGUCCAGGAAGGCAACGUUGAUGCGGCGUACAAGACUUUAAACAGGCUCCUGACUCAGGAAGGAGUGAUUGAGGCAGUGAAACGCAAGCGCUACUGCGAAAAGCCCUGCCGAGAACGACAGCGGAAGAACUUUGAGAACUGCAGGCGGAUCUACCACACGGAAAUGGCCAGGAAAAUUGCCUUCAUCUCUAGGACAAACAGAGAGGAUCCCUGGCUCGGCUGCUAAUGGUCUGAUGGGACAGCAUCUUAUCGAUGGACUUGUUGAGAUGGGAUCAUCAAAAUAUAAGAGGCAGUCAAGACCAAGACAAUGUCACUGUCACAUCUGAAUGGACUUUGGAAAUACUGAGAAAAGUGUAUUUUGUUGUUUAAAAGGAAAAAGACGUUUGGAGAUGUGCAUUCAUUGUCAAGUCAACUAUUGUCCAUUUUUUUCAUAAAAUUAGGCAUAAAAGUGCUUGUACUCAUUCUUGGUUGUAAUGUGAAGGUUAAUGAAUACUAGGUUGAUGACAUUUUGUGCUUUGAAUCUUCCCUCAUAAUUUUCUUCAUGAAAAAGCUAAUAAAUGUGUUCCAUUGUCUGAAAA